GCGACGGGCGCCAUGGCGGACGAGAUCGGGAAGGCGCAGGCCGCCCGCCCUGGCGGCGACACCAUCUUCGGGAAGAUCAUCCGCAGGGAGAUCCCCGCCAAUAUCAUCUAUGAGGACGAGCAGUGCCUUGCGUUCCAUGAUAUUUCACCCCAAGCUCCAACACAUUUCCUAGUGAUUCCCAAGAAGCCAAUUGUCAGGUUAUCUGAAGCAGAAGAUUCUGAUGAAUCUCUUCUUGGGCAUUUAAUGAUUGUUGGCAAGAAGUGUGCUGCUAACCUGGGCCUGACCAAUGGAUUCCGGAUGGUUGUGAAUGAAGGGCCUGAGGGUGGGCAGUCUGUCUAUCACGUACAUCUUCAUGUUCUGGGUGGUCGUCAGUUGGGCUGGCCUCCUGGCUAAGAUUUUUACACCACAGGAGUUAACUGCAUGCAUACAAAUUACCACCAAGUAGAUUUAAUAUGU